AUGUCAGAUUCUAUUUCUUACGAUCCUAAAAAGGCUGCCUUAUUAGUCAUUGAUAUGCAAGAAUUUUUUCGUAGUAACAUAGUUGAUAAAAUUAUUCCAAACGUAAAAUCUAUCGUCCUAACUUGUCAUAAGAAAGGAAUUCCAGUUUUAUGGAUUCAGUAUGGUCACAUGGAUGUUGAACUUGAUGGAG